AUGACCAAGAUGUCUAUCCUUCUACAAUACAGACGAGUCUUCUCGACAACACCAAACAUGCGCCUGGCCUGUUUGAUCCUGAUCGCGUUUCUAGCUGCCUAUGGCACUUGGACAAUUGUCAGCGCCUGGGCCAAUUGUGUCCCGGUCGAGAAAUUCUGGAACCCAGAUACCCCGGGCUUUUGUCUGGACAAGGAGGCAUUGUGGUUUUCCAACUCUGCCGUCCACAUCCUUACCGAUCUCUUGAUCUUGAUAUACCCCAUGCCGGUACUGCAGUCUUUGCAGCUGCCAAAGAAGCAGAAGCUGGCUCUUAUGGGCGUCUUUGCUCUCGGUGGAUUUGUCAUGAUCACGAGUAUCCUCCGCUUGAAGAGUCUCCUCGUCAUCUCCAAAUCAACCGAUCCAACCUACGACAACGUCGGCGCCGCCACCUGGUCUGCGGUAGAAUGCAACGUGGCCAUAAUCUGCGCCUGCCUCCCCGGCACGCGCGCCUUCUUCACCAAACUCUUCCCACACGUCUUCUCCAACCGCAGCGGCGCCUACAAGAGCAAGGGCAGCAAGUUCACCCAUCCCUCGCGCACCCACCGCAGCACAAACCUCAAUACCUACACAACAACCCAGAUCCAAGCCUCCGUCGUCGGCGGCCAUCGCGAAUCCGGAUAUGACUUGGAUGACUUUUCGCACUCGGACUCUUCAAGGGCCGGCUCGAUGAAGGAGAGUGGAUCUAAAGAGGGUCAUGCGGGGAUUAAGGUUACGACGUUUAUGACACAAGAGUCGACUUCGAAUACAAUUGCAGAUGGUCAUCAUUAUAAGGAGAUGGAUGGUGAUAGUACGAGGGAUUUGGUACAUAAGCAGAGUGCGGAUAGCUUUUGA